AUGGACUCGCCUUGCGCCCAGUUGCAGUCGAGCCCCUCGUGUCAUCCAGCUUCCAUUCUGAGGGGGGUGUCCAUACGUUUGGCCUCUGUGGCAUAUGCCGUCAUGUCCUUGAAGUGCUACAUUUUUCUGUUUUUGCUGCGGUACGACGCGGCAUAUUUGCUCCCUUUACGCCAUGUUGUGUUCACUUGGACCCGUAGGUUGGGCCCUUCAACUGGUACUGCUUGGUCGAAGGCGAAGGCUCCGAAGAGGUGUGUCGGCUGGGUUCAGGUCAUCGCCGGCGUGCUGGGCGCCGUGCUGCUACUCUUCGUGCUGAAGCUUCUGGUGGAGAGGAAGGUCUUUCAGAUCUACCACACGGAGCAGGUCUUCGGCGGCCUGGGAGCAGGUUAUGCUGUCGUGCGGUCGGGCAUCCUGAUCUACAGGCACUGCAAGCGGGCGUCCUCCGGCUUGCAGCGCUUCGCUCUUCGAAUCCUUGGGGUUGUGCCAAUCUUCGCUGUCGAUGCUUGGAUAAUCCUCUGGCUGGAGGGCAGCAACAGCGGCUUCGUGAUGCUGCUGCACUGUAUCCGCGAAAUUGCGGAGGCUGUGGCAGUGUGCUCCUUCGUGCAGCUCUUGCUCUCCUUCCUCGGCGGGCCGGUGCAGCUCUCCAACAGUCUUCUGGAGCAAGAGCAGCCCCCUGUGGAUCAGCUGGGUCUGCUGCAGUUCUGUGUACCUCCGUAUCGACCGGGGCCGAGCUUCGUCUCUAAGGUUAUUAUCAGCAUCCUGCAGUACUCCCUCGUCACGCCGUGUCUCUUCCUGAUGACAACCAUCGUGUGGCGCUCUCUGAAGGAUCCGGAUUUGGCCCGAUUACAUCGCGGCCUUCUCCACCUCCAUGCGCUGCCACCCUUGUUCAAGGGAGUCAGCUGCCUCUGUGCGAUGUACCACCUGGUACUCCUCCAGCGUGAGACGCGCCCUCACCUGGAGAAGUUCUUGAAGUUGAAUCCGGCCCUGAAGUUCUGCAGCCUUCACUGCAUCGUCUUCUUGACCUUCUGGCAGAGCUUUGCCGUUGAUGCCGUCGCCAGCUACGUGCGCUGGGCGCAGUCUCAAGAGGAGCACCACAAUCCGCAGUCAGAGCUGAGCCGGGAGCGAUUCCUGGAGAGCCUCAAAGGCCUGCUGCUUUGCCUGGAGAUGCCCAGUUUCUGCGAGAUCCAUUUCUGUGCCUAUCCCCCCGAUGAGAUGGAGGAGGCUCAGCGCAACGCCUACGUUGUUGCGGGCCAGUCCGCGCCCAGAAGGAGCGGCAGCGGGCAUUGGGAGCUUGAGCAAGACGAGAACGUGCCAGUUCUCCUCAGGGCCAAGGAUGGAAACGACCAAGCCCCUGAUGUAUCGCGCCUGAUGUCUGCCGAGGACUUCUACGGCUCCGGGGAGGCGUUGCAGCUCGUGGAUCUUUGGGCCGAGGUGCAAGAACUCACCGACACCGCACGUCGAGAGCGAGGUGAGGUCCUUGAUGGGCUUUGUUCCAGCGCCCAGAGCCACCUAGUUAGGUUCCGACCCCAGCGCCUGACCCACCUGCUCCGUCUUGGCCAGCCCGAGCCCAAGCAUGCUGCCGGGAAAGUGCAGCAACAAGAAGUUGCUGCAUGCCCGGCGGCCAUAGGAUACCACAAUAUCCACGCCAAGACCCAAUUCCAAUUCAGAUUCUACGUCGAACUUCUUGGGAUCAGUGUUUGGGCUGGUUUUCUUCAGAUGCAGCGUGGCUCCUCGGACGUUGAGCGCUCGCGCGUCGUUCGUUGUAGCCUUCCGGGCUUUGCAGAGGUCAUUCGAGGAGAAGUUAUCGAGGCCGAUCCCCCAGAUAGUGAGGUUCAUCGACAAAGUGGACCGGGCUACCACAUCGUCUUGGUUUUCACAAGGCCGGAGGCCAGCAAUGGGGAAAGCUUGAAGCCAAGGACACAGGUAGUAGCCAAAGAUGCUCUCAACAACAAGGGGCGCCGUUUGCUGCAGUCGGGGGAGAUUCAGCACAUCAGCGUGCAGAGGUUCUUUCCCGUCGAGGUGAACGGAUCCCGGCUGGUCCAGAUCCGCGUUUUUCCCGCCAAUCGCAACACCACGCUCAACCGAAUGUAUCACAUUCAUGCCUUCCGGCAGCCCUGUCCUCCCCAGAGGCCCUUCUACGCCCCCGAUGUUCGACUCUGUGCCAUGACCUGCAACGACGGGUACUUUCCACGGCAUGCGUCUUCGCGGUGCGAAGCUUGUCCCGAACACUGCGCGCGCUGCUCCAGCUACGAGCGGUGCGAGGUGUGCAAACCCUCCCAGUGGCAGACGCUGCACUUCUUGCAGCAUGUCGGCGGUCAGUGCCAUGUGCUUCGGAUACAUCUCCACGAGCUAGGGAUAGGUGUUGUCGUAGCCGUGGCGGUCUUCGUCCUCUGCACCUGCUUCUGCUUUGCGUGUUGCCAUGGCAGCAGCCGCCGGCCGAGAGGAAGGCGGCCCGGGCGAAAGGAGAAGCUCUUCGACGAUGAGGAGCUCGAGCAGAGUACCCGCCUCCUGGGGGUGAACCGCCACGGCUCUUCCGACGACGAGUGA